AUGACUAGAACAAACAAGUGGACAGUUCACGAGGACAAGGCCGAGUCGCACUACUUUACGCACAACGGCAACUACGGGAAUUCGCCUAACGGGGUCAAGAAGCACGGAUCCGGCAAGGCCAACUGGGGCCGGCCCGGGGAUGAGAUCGAGGAUCUCAUUCAGGCCGGAGAGGUGCCCCCAGUGUUCCACAAGCAGAGGCGUGGAUCCAACAACCAGAGCCACGAAAGCAAGUUCGGCCAGGUGCAGAACUUCCACGAAUAG